AAGGAACUUAAUAAAGACACCGAACGAGAAGACAUUCCAAAUAAAUAACAAAUGAUUAAUAAUAAAUCUGACACAUGAAUAUUACGUGAGUCGAACGUAAUUUCACGCUACAUUAGUAACGUGACUGGUUCACGCCAUCGCUGACGAAAGUUUAAUUAACUCCUAUCGGGAUUCUAUUAGCUACUUGGUUGUGAAUCUCCUGGAUUUAAACGCGAUCGAAAAGUUUCAGUUACGACAGGCCUAAUGUCCUACCAAGUCAAUAUCCGGCAUCACUGGCUACGCGGGACUACGAGUUACGUUUCUAAUCCUGUCACAAUCGGAGCAGGUUCGGCAGGAUUCCGACUCGAGUGACACGGACCACGCGACUAACUUUCACGGCGUAGAUCUCGCGGUUCGUAAUUAACCCAUCAGCCGUCAAGGCUUAAUGAAAGUGCAGGACGUCGGUGUCCGGAGACAGGUGGGACACGCGUGUACACGAAAAGAGAGAGAGAGAGAGAGAGAGAGAGAAAUCGACCGGUUGCAAGAAAAAAAAAAAGAGGACUCUGAGAAAAGAGCGCUGGCAGGCAGGCAGGGAACGACGUACCCACGUCGGAGAAACGGAGGCGAGGCCCAGGGUAUCCAGGAAGGUGGGUACCGAGAUAUAAUACUCGACUACCUACCCGCUACGAUAAGUGUCAACUGCAGCGUGCCAGAUAAAAAAGAAGGAACGAAAAAUAAAAUUUAGCUCGGGUGAUCCAUCAUGAGGCUACGGGCUACGGACGCGCAGGCUCGGUUUGGAUUGGCUGACUCCGCCCACGAACGUUCACGUGACUGUUAUCGAGAACCCGCCCAGUUUGGAGAAGGCAGCACCUUCUCCGGCUAGGCGUACGUAGAGCAUUGCUUUUGCCACAAACACGAAGGGGCGAGCGAGAUCUCGGCCUGGAGGAACGGAGAAGGGAAGACCUGGACGCACCAGACCCCUGCGGCUCGAUCUCACCUGCGUGUGCAGGCUUCGACCGUGCCGCCUUCUGCCAGUCGAGUCCACCUAGCCAGUCCACUCCAGCGACCCUCGUCGACCGGAUCGACGAUUACGCGUCCGCUCUUUCUAUUAUUUUCGCGAAUAACGGUCUGUUCCUGCGUCCACUGCCGCUUCGCGGAAAUGCCUCGGGAUCGCUGGCGCCCGCGUCUGCAGUACUUACAUCGCCAACCAGGAUUCAUCGUUCGCGAACGCUGGUGAUGUCAGCUCCUCGUGACAGAAGCGAGAGUUCCUGAUAAUUGGUCGGACUGAAAGUACUCGCAACUCUCGGUUGGAGUGCCAUAGUUUGAUCCUCUGAACAUUGCUCACUGUUCGUCAGGAUAACUCGAUAGAGAAGUGCGUCUGUCUGUGAUAUCAGUGUUACUCAUCCAGAUCGAUUUCGACAGCCAGGUUCGUAACGUCGCAUUUGAAAUCCUCGAGAAGUGUACGGGCAACUGGUGGCAAGUUACCGCGAUGUAAACCGUAUCCUCGACCUGUCCUUGUCGUAGCGAAAUACUCCCUCCUCUUCCUCCCAAUCUGUUCCCGAUAAAACAGCGAGCAGCGAAGGACACCAGUGGCGGCUUUCAGCAGCAGGUGGCCAAUUGAUGUAUUCGUCUCACCGCUACGAGGAUGAUGAUGAUGGACAUGGGCAUGUACGGAACUUACAGCAAGCCUGACUCAUAUCCCAACUACGUGUGCACGGGUCAAGGGAAUCAUCAUCAUCAUCAUCAUCAACCGGUAUCCGUCGGUGGCCACGUGCCGGUGCCUCCCUCGCCGGAGCUCGCUCCGGCUCAUUAUUUCCCUCAGACAGCCGUGUCUCCUUACUCGUCUUCCUCCUCGGAGAGCUUCCUCGCCGCGGAGUCCGCCACGUCCUCCGGCACUCCUCCUCAAGGAUUCUACUCCCCGACGGCCAGCGUUCUGCACGAGGACGGAUCCACGACCGCGAUCAUCUCCUCGGAGAAUGGUCUGAGCUACACGAACCUGGACUACGCGUCCUCCUCUUCGUCCUCGUACACCAGCCAGCCGCAGCAGCACCAUGCAAACGGAUCCCACGGGUCGGUCGAUCCUCACCAGAGUUACCACGUUCAGCAGGCGACGUACAGAGACGAUCAUCACCACCAUCACCAACCAUCUACGGUCAGUGGUCUUCACCAGAGUUCGAUAGUCCCUGCCGGACACUCCAGAACGGACCACGAGCAACAGUUGCAUCAUCAGUCUUCUAGUCAUCACCUCCAUCAUCAUCACCAUCACCACGAGCCCGACUAUCAGAUCCCAGUCGCCGGAACGACCAACUAUCUUCAUCAACUACCAUCCACGGAAGAUUCCUCCCUCCAUUAUCACGCCCAGAUCCGACAGAACGACUAUUCCACCGGUCACUACAAGGAGGAAAACGCUGACCAGAACGCGUACCACGUGCUCCAACAACCCGGGCAUCCCCAGCAUCCUCAUCAGCACGGCCACGGCCACCACCAUCAGCAGCAUCCUCACGGCCAUCAUCCUCCGCCGCAGCAGCAGCAACAGCCACACGUACCCACUUACAAGUGGAUGCAGGUCAAGAGGAACGUGCCCAAACCCGUGGCAGGAAAGACGAAUCCAAGCGUGGGCGAGUUCGGCGGCAGCACGAUCAGGGGAGCCAGCGUAUCCACGUACUCCAGUUCCACGAACGGUCCUGUAAACUGCCUGACCGGCGGUCCAUUGGCCGGUAUCGCAGGUGGCUUCAACAACACUGGUCGUACGAACUUCACGAACAAGCAGCUCACGGAACUCGAGAAAGAGUUCCACUUUAACAAGUACCUGACCAGAGCAAGACGCAUCGAGAUCGCCUCGGCGCUGCAAUUAAAUGAGACGCAAGUAAAGAUUUGGUUCCAGAACAGAAGAAUGAAGCAGAAGAAAAGGAUGAAGGAGGGUCUGAUACCGACCGAGAACGCAACCGUAGCACCGAUUGGUGGCGCUAGGAGUAGCAGUAAUUCCCCGACCAGUUCCUCGAGCCACGAAACCGGUGGUCUCGGUUUAUCUAAUUUUACAAGCGACAAUAGCCGAGAAUCGCCACCCUCGUCUUCGAAAGAUUGACGCGAUCUUUGCUGCAGCAACGAACGAAUUUAUGGUCUACGUCUUAGCGACGAGUGGUGAAAACCGAGAGAAAACCGAGAACUUCUUUGAAAUUUCCCGCGACUCGAAUGGUAAUUUAAAGAAAUUCCUCUGCUGCAGCAAGAAACGAUGAUCGUUAUCCAGAUAUAACACGUGAAAAAUCAAUUGCAACAAAACGAAAUAAAGUAUGGGUAAAUUGUCCUUGUAAUAAUAUAUUACACCACUUCCCGAUGAAAUUGCAAAUUAACUAUCAAAAUUAAUCGAAUAUAGAAUAGAAAUUGAACGACAUAUACAUAUACCAAUUGUACGAACUAUUUAUUUCGUUUUUAAUUUGUAUAUGCCUUGAAGGCAAUAUUAGUAGAACCGAUCUGCGAAAUUAAUUCUUGAAAUGAUCCCUAAAGGUUACCAUAUACCUCAGUUUGUGUAAAUGGUAUAACAAUAUUUAUAUAUAUAAUUAUAAAUUUCCAAUGAUCGAAUGCAGUAUAUGUAUCCUGUAAAAAACACUGUGAAAAUACUACUUUAGAUGCAUAUCAGUUGCAUCUAAAGGCUUAUCUUCUUUUUGGUGAGGACAAUUAUUGUUUCAUGUUAUCAUCUGUACUUAUACUUUAUUCUGCAAGUAAUUUGUAUCCUGUACCUUUAAAAUUAAAGUGCAUUUAAAGCAAGGUGGGAUAUAAACAAAAUAUUGAGAUAAUUCAAGAACUCUAAAUUGCUACUAAUAUCCUUUGUAAAUUUUGUAUUUUUAAAGAAGUAAUUAGGUACUGACAAAAGUAUUUAAAAACUCAUGUUACUAUAAUAUAACUUGUAUCGUUAUGCUAAUCUAGUAUAUAAUUAUAUCCAUAUCAUAAUGAUGGCAUGAUAACAAUAGUUGUGCUCCCAAUUUGAGUAUGUUCUGUAUGUAUGUGUAUAUAAAAUCUAAUACAAGUCUUGCGUCAAUGACAUAUACAUCAUUAUACAUCAAUGCAUCAGAAAAUUAAAAAUAGACAAGCCAGAUGGUAUGUUGCUUUUAUAGUUAAUCGUACAAGAUGGGAAUGCAUAAACUGUACUGUAUAAUGAACUAGUCUUUGAAUGGCAAGAUUAGUAUUGAUUCUAUUUAACUAAACUUGACCACUCGAAAGUUUAUAAAUUAAUAUAGUCAUAUAGUUGUAUGGAUUAUAUUGUGAUCCACUAAAAAAUUCUGUACCUAAAUAAAUUCACACAUGAUGAAUUGUGAUUAAUCUGUAGUGUUACGUAGAAUUCUAUAGGAAGAAUAAAGUAUUAUUAUAUUACUCUA